AUGACAAAAAGAAGUGAGAGGGGAGAGGAUGGGACUGUUAGAUAUGUUACGCUUGCCUGUGCCCGUGGUGGGAAGGUCCGGAAUAGGAUUUUGAAUGUCUCCAACCCUCGUCCGACAGGAAAGAGUGAAUGUAAAGCAAAGAUUAAUGCCUCAAAAACUCCUGAUGGAAAGUUUCGACUGAAUUCAGUUCACAAUAUCCAUAACCACAACCUUAGCCCAAAGAAAUCACGCUUCUUUCGAUGUAAUAGAGAAGUAAGUGAAUCUGUAAAAAGGGUCCUUGAUACAAAUGAUAUGGCUGGCAUCCGAAUGAAUAAGAGUUUCGGUUCUCUUGUUGUUGGCGCGGGUGGAUUUAAGAACCUCCCGUUUCUGGAAAAGGAUUGUCGUAACUACAUCGACAAGGCACGACAUCUACGACUGGGCGCAGGUGGUGCUGGGGCGUUUCGAGACUACUUUUUACGGAUGCAGUACAAAAAUCCGAGGUUCUUUGCAUUAAUGGACCUGGAUGAUGACGGGAGGUUAAAGAAUAUAUUCUGGGUGGACCCCCACAGUAGAGCAGCCUACCAAUAUUUCGGUGAUGUGGUCACAUUUGACACCACAUACCUGACGAACCGGUAUGGGAUGCCCUUUGCACCAUUUGUUGGUGUAAACCACUAUGGGCAAUCAAUUUUGUUGGGAGCUGGCUUGAUUUCCUCAGAGGAUACGGAGACAUUCGUGUGGUUAUUUCAGACUUGGUUGCAGUGUAUGGAUGGUAUAGCCUUUAAGGCUAUUAUCACUGAUCAAGACAGAGCGAUGAAAAAUGCUAUUGCAAUUGUUUUUCCCGAGAGCCGGCAUCGAUUCUGCCUUUGGCAUAUACUUAAGAAAGUACCCAAAAAGCUUGGGAGCUAUGCUUCCUACAAGACUAGAAUGAAAACUGCACUAAUGAGUGUGUGUAUAACAGCCAAAGUGGGGAAGAUUUUGAGAAAUGUUGGGAUCAGUUCAUCAUCAUGUACAACUUGCAUGAGAAUGCAUGGCUGCAGAGUUUAUACAUUGAGCGUGAGUACUGGGUACCGACCUUCUUGA